CUCCUCAGACCUAGCUUCAAAAUGUUUCAACGUGAUCCUCGUGCAGGUGCUUUCUUGGGAGGUGACCGUGUGUCCGGACAGGAUGUCCGGGACCAAAAUGUCCUCGCCGCUCAAACGAUUGCCAACAUUGUGAAGAGUUCGUUGGGUCCCAUGGGUCUUGAUAAAAUGUUGGUGGAUAAUAUCGGAGAAGUCACCAUCUCCAACGACGGCGCUACGAUCCUCUCUCUCCUGGCCGUCGAGCACCCCGCAGGUCGUGUCUUCGUCGAUCUCGCGCAAAAGCAGGACAAGGAAGUCGGCGACGGAACGACGUCAGUCGUACUCAUCGCUGCUGAGCUUCUCCGCCGGGCAAACGAGCUCGUCAAGCAGAAGAUUCAUCCUACUACGAUCAUUACUGGGUAUCGUCUGGCGUGCAGGGAGGCAUGCAAGUUUAUGCAGGACCAGCUCAGCGUGAAGGUGGAUGCGCUUGGACGGGAAGCCCUCGUCAACGCUGCGAAGACGAGUAUGUCGAGCAAGAUCAUCGGAUCGGAUGAUGACCUCUUCGCCCCUAUGGCGGUGGACGCGAUGCUGUCCGUGAAGACGAUCAACAACCGGGGCGACAUCAAGUAUCCCGUGAAGGCCGUGAACGUCCUGAAGGCGCACGGACGAAGUGCGCGGGAGUCGUUAUUCGUGAAAGGCUAUGCCUUGAAUUGCACUGUUGCAAGUCAGGCCAUGAAGAAACGCAUCACUGGAGCGAAGAUUGCGUGCCUCGACAUCAAUCUUCAGAAAGCACGCAUGCAACUUGGUGUGCAGAUUCUGGUCGACGAUCCUUCACAGUUGGAAGACAUUCGCAAACGCGAAUCUGACAUCACUAUCGAGCGUAUUCGCAAAAUCUUGGCUGCUGGAGCCAAUGUUGUCCUUACCACGAAGGGUAUCGACGACAUGUGUUUGAAGGAGUUCGUUGAGGCUGGUGCAAUAGCUGUACGCAGGUGUAGGAAGGAGGAUCUCCGCCGCAUCGCGAAGGCGACCGGUGGUACGCUCGUGUCCAGCCUGGCCAAUUUGGAGGGUGAGGAGUCGUUCGAGCCGAGCUACCUCGGUUACGCCGACGAGGUCGUGCAGGAGCGCAUCUCCGACGAUGAACUCAUUCUAAUCAAGGGCACCAAAGUCGUCAGCUCGUCGUCGAUCGUGCUGCGUGGCGCGAACGACUACAUGCUGGACGAGAUGGAGCGUGCCCUGCACGACACGCUGUCCAUCAUCAAGCGCACUCUGGAGAGUGGCUCUGUUGUACCUGGUGGAGGUGCUGUCGAAUCGGCGCUCAGCAUCUAUCUCGAGAAUUUCGCGACGACAGUGGGUUCCCGAGAGCAACUCGCCAUUGGAGAGUUCGCCAGCUCGCUCCUUGUGAUCCCGAAGAUCCUCGCGGUUAACGCGGCGAAGGAUUCGACCGACCUCGUAGCGAAGCUUCGUUCGUACCACAACGCUGCACAGCAGGCGCCUAUCGGUGAUCCGAAGAAGGUGCUCCUCCGAUAUGGACUUGACCUACUCAACGGUGAAGUGCGAGACAACGUGGCGGCUGGAGUGCUCGAGCCGACAGUUAGCAAGGUCCGAAGCCUGAAGUCUGCGUUCGAAGCUGCCGUUUCGAUUCUCAGGAUAGACGACGCUAUCCAGUGCAUUCCUGAAUCAAAGCCUGAAGGCGAUGGCCAUGGACACUAGAGAAUACGAGGUCGAAGAAGUGGGACGCGUAGUUCGUGUUGCUGCAUUGUACAUCAUCUACAGUACGAAUGGCUAUAAGGGGUACCAAAAACUUCUCCGACGUGUACAUUUACUUCAGUGACCAUAAUUGAUGGCCUUGUAAGGUGUGCUCCG